GCUGCCGCUCUAUGGUGCAGCUGGGAGGUGUCAUGGCGGCCGUCGAGGUGGCAGCCCAACCUGGAGGCCCCACGGCUGACUGAAGAAAGGAGCCCGGGCUGGAGGGGAAGCGCGAGGUGCUUCAUGGCGGCCCCGGAGCUCUGAGGGAGGCCCAGCAGCUGGCUUCCCUUCUCUGGGUUGCUCCCCGAGGCAGGCGGGCGUGGGGAACCGGCGCUGAGGGGAACCGGCGGCGGCAGCUGCUCUUGGCGGCGGCGCCUUGUUUUCCCCCAUCGACAGCUGAGCGGCAGCGGUGAUGGCGUCGUGGCUGGGCGGCCUGGGAGCGGGACUGGGGCAGUCCCUGGUGGGCCAGGUGGGAGGCAGCCUGUCCACCCUGACCGGUCAGAUCUCCAGCUUCACCAAGGAUAUGCUGCUGGAAGGCGGCGCGGAGGAGAUGGGAGGUUCUGCAGAAGACUUUCCUGUAUCCAGCUCCAGUCUGCGGGAUGUAGAAAAUAUUCAUGGAACACUGAGAUCAGAGAAUGAGAGGCUGAAGAAGGCUUAUAAUGAUCUGGAAGAAAAGCAUGAAGCAGCAGAGCUUCAAAUAAAGCAACAGUCCAUAGAAUACCGGAAUCAGCUACAGCAGAAAGAGGUGGAGAUCAGCCAUCUUAAAGCCAGGCAGAAUACACUACAGGAGCAACUGCGGAAGGUGCAGUCAGCUGCUCAGUCAGCACAGUUAGGAGCUGCUGCCUCUCCAUCAACCACUCCAUCAGCUUCCUUUGUCCCUAUGGUUAGACAUAGUUCUUCUGGUUUUCAAGGAGAUGACAUGGACUUCGGAGAUGUAAUCUGGUCCCAACAAGAAAUAAACAGACUAUCAAAUGAAGUUUCUAGGCUUGAAUCGGAAGUGGACCAUUGGAAACAGAUUGCACAGUUUUCCAAACCAGAAGGAGCAAAUAAUACAGAUCAGAAUGAAAUUGGCAAGCUGCAAAAUAUUAUCAAGGAGCUAAAACAGAACUUGAGUCAAGAAAUAGAUGAGCAUCAACACGAGCUUUCAGUAUUACAGGAUGCACACCGUCAUAAAUUAGCAGAAAUAAGCCGACGUCAUCGAGAAGAACUGGGUGAAUACGAGGAACGAAUAGAAGAACUUGAGGAUCAAUUACAGAAAGUUGGUGCAGCUGCUGACCCUUCUUCUGACUGUGACCCACAGAACAUUGUGGCUGAAUCGACAGCAUCGCAGCUGAAGGACUUGCAGGAUAAAGUCAAAAGUUUAAGUCAACAACUGUCAGCAGCAGCGGAAGAGAAAAAUAGUCUCUUGAAAGAACUUGAAUUGGUGAAAAUGGAGAAGAGUCAACUAAUGCAGGAAUAUGAAAGACUCAAAUCUGAUUCCCAUAAAUUCCAGGCAUCUCUUCUCGAAGAACAGGCUGGUUUAAAAGCACAGGUGGAAGUCCCUAAGUCUGCAGUAGAAUCGCUGGAAGCAGAAGUGCUCCGACUACAGCAAGCACUUCUUGAUGCGGAAAAUGAAAUAACAAGACUAAAAAAAUCAGAUCAGGAAGGGCUUCAAACAAAACUGGAAAGCUUACAACCAACGUGUGAAAGUGAUGCAUAUGUAUCGAAUCAAGGACAGAACUUAGAGUUAAAUCAGUUAAGGCAAGACUUGGAAAGGAAAGAACAUGAAUUUAAUGAAAGUAUUGCUGAAAAGGAAACAUUAAUAGCAGAACUAGAAGAAUUGGACAAGCAGAACCAAGAAGCUACCCAGCAUAUGAUUAUUUUAAAAGAGCAGCUAGCCAAGCAGAAUGCAGAAACCGCUAAUACUGUCAACCAGCUAAAAAUGGACACAGAGUCUGAAAAAAGAAAAACAUCGAAGCUAGAAGCUGAGAAGCUGGAAAUGAGCAAGGAGCUAGAAGGCCAGAGAGAGAAAUUGGAUCAGUGUACAUUUGCACUUAAUGAUUUGCACAUGACUAAACAACACCUGGAAAACAAAAUAAAAGACCUAAAAGAACAGCUAAAAACAUCCCAGCACUGUAGCUCCAAAAAUAAGCAGGAAAUAGUGGAAUUAAAGAAAAAUCUAACACAAAGAGAAGAAGAAAUUUCUGUACUCCAAAAUAAGUUAAGCAAGAUAAGUCCAGAAUCUAACAGUGGAAGUCCAGAAUCUAACAGUGGUUUUCACGUCCAAUCAGCCAAAGAAAGGGAAGCGGAAAUUUCAAAGCUGAAUGAGCAAAUUUCAGAAAAUAAACUAAUAAAUACAGACUUGGAGAAAUGUAUUUCAAAGCUUCAGAUGGAAAAGGAAAAGCUUCAGGUGACUUGUGAAGAACUGAAACAGCAGUUACAGGAUGCUAGUAGUGAGAAGAGUAAGAUCGCUUUUGAAAAAGAUACCACGGUGGAAGCUUUGAAACUAGAAAAAGGGCGGCUAGAAAAUGAACUAAGACAAACUGAAAGCCAAUUGUUGGAACAGGCUCAUAAAUAUGAGCAAACCAUUGAGGAGCUGUCUAAUUCACGUAACAUGAAUACCACUGUGUUACAGUUUGAACACGAACGCUUAGUUAAACUCAACCAAGAGAGAGACUUUGAGAUAGCAGAACUCAAGAGAAGCAUUGAACAGAUGGAAGCUGACCAUGAGGAAACCAAAGAGAUGUUAACGACUAGCUUAGCCGGGCAAAAACAACUGACAGAGCUCAUAAAAGAGAAAGAAGUGUUUGUUGAAAAAUUUAAAACCAGGGCUUCUGAACUAGAGCAGCAGCAUGAAGAUUAUAUUAAGGACUCCAAAAGAUUUGACAUUUUAAAACAAAGUUUAGAAGAAAAGGAGAAAAGCCUUUCAACCAUGAAAGAAGAGAACAAUCAUUUGAAAGAAGAAAUUGAACGAGUGAAAGACCAGCAGAGUAGGUCGUCCUCUUCGGCUGAGCCCAAAACCCUAGAUAUUAUCACUGAACUUGAAGCAGAAGUAACACAAUUAACUGUGCAUAAAAAUAAUCUUGAAGACGAGGUAAAACUUAACAAAAUAACAGUUGAGGAUCAGAAUCAGAAAAUGGCCCAACUUCAGCAUUCCCUGCAGGAGUAUAAAAAGGAGACUGAGGAGUCCAAAUUUCAGUGUGAACAAAUGAGCAUCACACACAAACAGGUGUGCUUGGAAAAGGAUGAGGAAAUCAAAAGCUUGCAGCGGACAAUAGAACAAAUUAAAAACCAGUUGCAUCAUCAGAGAACAGUCAUUCAGCCAGAUCCUCCUGAUCUGUUUCAAGAAACCAAAGUGCAGACAUUUAAUGGUGAAAAUGGAAAUGAGAAGCAUGACUUAUCUAAAGCUGAAAUUGAAAGGCUGGUGAAAGGCAUCAAGGAGAGAGAAAUGGAGAUCAAACUUCUGAAUGAAAAGAAUGUCUUGCUAAGUAGACAAAUUGAUCAGCUAUCCAAAGAUGAAGUUGGCAAGCUCACGCAAAUCAUCCAAGAGAAAAACUUAGAGAUACAAGCUCUCCAUGCAAGGGUUUCAGCUCCAUCUUAUGGGCAGGAUAUUAUUUACCUUCAGCAGCAAUUACAGGCCUAUGCCAUGGAAAGGGAGCAAGUGCUGGCAGUUCUUAGUGAAAAGACUAGGGAAAACAGUCAGUUAAGAACAGAAUAUCACAAGAUGAUGGACAUUGUAGCAGCUAAGGAAGCAGCUCUGAAAAAGCUUCAGGAAGAAAAUCAAAAACUAGCCAAUGAAUUUGAAAACAGCAGCCAAGAUAUGUCCCGAGAAACUAUUAAGAACUUGUCCCGGAUAAUUCGAGAGAAAGAUAUUGAGAUUGAUGCUUUAAGUCAAAAAUGCCAAACUUUAUUGACCGUCCUCCAGACAUCCAGCAUGGAUGGAGGCAAUGAAUUAGGAGGGAUUAACAGCAAUCAGUUCGAGGAGCUUUUACAGGAACGUGAUAAUUUGAAACAGCAAGUGAAGAAAAUGGAAGAGUGGAAGAAACAAGUAAUGACCACUGUCCAAAAUAUGCAACAUGAGUCUGCUCAUCUCCAAGAAGAACUGCAAAGGCUUCAAACACAGAUCUCCAUGGAUAGUGAGAACAAUUCUCAGCUGCAGAUAGAGUAUAAUGGCUUGAUUCAAGGCUAUGAACAAAAUGAGAGAAAGCUGAAAACAUUUAGUCAAGAAUUAGCACAAGUUCAGCAUAGCAUAGGAGAGCUGAACAACACCAGGGAUUUUAUUCUGGGGAAACUUGAUAUGGUAACACCUCCUCUGCCAGUAAAGUCUACCACUGCUUCACAGUCAUCGGAGACUUCCAGCAGUGCUGCUUCUCAGAUGUUUACUAGUGACUCCAAACCACUAAAUGAGGAACUGGAGCGCAUGAGUAAAGCACUAGAAGAAAAAGAUUCAACUAUACGAAUUCUGCAGGAGAAUAAUCAGAGGCUGUCGGAUUCUAUGGCUGCAUCAUCGGAGAUGGAAAGAAAGGGUCAAGAGGGGUCUGAAUUUGAGAUAAAGCACUUGAAGGAGAGGUGUGAUGUCCUGCAGAAGUCACUUAGGGAAAAAGACCUGCUAAUAAAAUCAAAAAGUGAUCAGUUGCUUUCUCUCAGUGAAAACCUUAGUAAUAAGGAGAACGAAAAUGAACUGCUGAAGCAAGGUAUAACUAACCUAAAGGAGAGAACUCUGAUUUUAGAAAUGGACAUCCGUAAAUUGAAAGAAGAAAAUGAUAGAAUAGUGGCAAAAUGCAAGGAGAAAGAAACCGAGUUCAGAGCGCUACAGGAGACUAACCUGCAGUUCUCAAUGAUGUUGAAGGAGAAGGAAUUUGAGUCUAGUUCCAUGAAGGAGAAGGCUUUUACGUUUGAAAAACUGUUGAAAGAGAAAGAGCAGGGGAAAGCAGGAGAGCUGAACCAGCUGUUAAAUGAAGCAAAAUCGAUGCAGGAGAAGGCUGUUGCUUUUCAGCAAGAGAGAGAUAAAGUCAUGUUAGCACUGAAGCAGAAACAGAUGGAGACUAGUGCCCUACAGAAUGAGAUACAGCAUUUACGUGAUAAGGAGCAGCGUCUGAAUCAAGAAUUGGAGAGAUUGCGCAACCACCUUCUAGAAAGGGAAGACACUUCCACACGGGAAGCUUUAGCAGCUGAGGAUCGGGAAUCUAAGCUUAAAAAGAAAGUCCAGGUUUUGGAAGAAAAGCUGCAGUUUUCAUCAACUGCAGUGGAGAAUGCCAGCCACCAGGCUAGCAUGCAGGUGGAAUCCUUGCAAGAACAGCUGAACUUUGUUACCAGGCAGAGAGAUGAAACUGUCAUGCAGCUAACAAUUUCCCAGGACCAAGUGAAACAGUAUGCUGUGUCCCUGGCCAACCUGCAGAUGGUGCUAGAGCAGUUUCAGCAAGAAGAGAAAGCUAUGUAUUCAGCCGAGCUACAGAAACACCAAAGGCAGACUGAAGAAUGGAAGAAAAAAGUAGAGCAACUAGAAGAUAAAGUAGUUUCGUUGCAGGAAAACCUGGAGGAAGCAAACGCAGCACUAGAAUCUGCAUCAAGGCUAGCAGAGCAGCUGGAUCUUAAAGAGGAUCAAAUUGAGGACCUUAAAAAACAAGGUGAACUCAAACAAGAAAUGUUAGAAGAUGCACAGAAUAAGCUAAUGAACCUCAUAAACAGCACAGAAGGAAAAGUGGACAAAGUCUUGAUGAGGAAUCUCUUCGUUGGACAUUUCCACACCCCAAAGAAUAAACGUCAUGAAGUGCUAAGGCUGAUGGGAAGUAUCCUGGGAAUAAAAAAGGAAGAAUUAGAACAGUUGCUGUCAGAAGAUCAAAAAGGUGUUACUCGAUGGGUGACUGGGUGGUUUGGUGGAGGAGGUGCUGGAUCAAAGAGUGUCCCCAACACACCUCUGAGACCAACCCAUCACUCAAUUUUCAACAGUUCUUUCUCAGAGCUAUUUGUGAAGUUCCUUGAAACUGAAUCCCGUCCAACUCUUCCCCCACCAAAACUCUCUGUUCAUGACAUGAAACCUUUAGCAUCAACAGGAAUCAGCAAAGCCACUGUUAGUCCUUCUAGCAACAUUGCAGAUCCAACAGGCUCAGGAACCACCAGAAGACCAGAUGCAAAUCCAUUCCUUGCACCCCGGUCAGCAGCAGUCCCUCUCAUCACCCCAACGAAUCUUGGAACUGGCGGAUCAGGGCACCUGCUUAUGAAACCCAUUUCUGAUGCUUUGCCUACUUUCACACCUUUGCCAGUAGCGCCUGAUGCUAGUGCUGGGGCAGUACUAAAAGACCUGCUAAAGCAAUAGAGAAUUCUGGGUCCAAGGAUGGCAGUGAUAGAAGCACUUUAAGGAGAAAGGGGGGGAAAACCCUGAGUUUAUAUAAUAUACCGCAAAGAGGCCUUUUGUAAAAAGUUGUUUGUUUGUUCAUUUUCAAUUGCUUGUAAGUUGCUUUGUGUGUCUUUCUCCUUGCCCCUUAAAAAGUGAAGUUUGGAACUAAUCCAGCAAUAUUUGGAUGUUGUAACCAUCACAAGAAAAAUAGCCCUUCCUAUAUUAGUUUGCCGAGUUAACUUUCAAAUUGGAAAAGCUCAUCUACAUGUGAAAUAACAGGUUAGCAUUGGAGAACUUAACAAAUCAGUUCAAGGCUUUCCAACCAUGUAUGCCGUUUCUUUCUUUGACAAAUGAGGUGUUACAUAGAGUGCCUUUAUAUAAAAAGGACACAACUUCUCUAGAAAGGGCUGCAAGCACAUUAGGAAUCCAGCUCAGUGUCCGGAUGCAGACAGCAUCCAGGCUGCAUCUGGUCCAUUUAAGUAUCACUUCACUGAUUCCAGCCAACGCCUUCUGGAGCCUGGAAUGAUGGGGAAACAAAUGCAAUCUGCUGUUUGUUUUGAGGGAGCCUGGGGCCAUAUGUUCCCAGUCCUUGAACUGAUGUUCAGAUACUGAGCCCAGUCGUGGCAUUUCAGUCUGGAAAAGCCUUCCCUUCAUAAAGCGGGAGGAAACUUGCUUUGAAUUAUCCAGUGUUGUAUUGAUCUAGAAUGUGUCCAUGUGGUCAAGUAUCCUCUCUUGAGCCAGAAUGGGUUGUACUGCAACACGAUCCUCUGAAAGGAUAAAGUACAAGUAGGAGGUUUCCCAAAUAAAUGGCAUCAGCUGACCCAGUCAAUUUUUUAGGAAUGCUGGAGAUAGCAGGAUCAUAAUUGUGUUGACCAAAAAUUCAGCAUAAUCCAAAGCCAAUUUAUUUGAAUAUGGAGGAUGGGCUGGUAUCUGUGAAAGAAGUUGCUUCUGUUAAAGUUCUCUGAGACUUCAUAGUUGCGGGUUUUUGUUUUGUGUGCAAGAACAUUCACACCCCAUAAAUGUUAUUAAUGGGUAACACCUCAGUUGGAGUUUCUUAACUCCUAGGAACAAUGAAAACUCAAAACUAACCAGCAAUAAGGAGUUUGUGGACAUUUUCCCUUUAUUUUUUGUUGCAUAUCAACAUUUAGUGACUGACCACUAAUAAGCAACCUGAUAUUCCCUAUGUAUAUUCAUGGUGUGUGUGGUUGAAAUAUGCAAUACUUUAAUGGUUCAAAAUGUAUAUUUAAGAAAUGCUUGCUUAUACUUACAGAAUUGAUUGAAGAUUCCAAGUAUGAACGUAUGUAUAAAGCUUAAAAGGAAGAUGCUUAUUCCAAAUAUCUGUAAAUAGGUCUACGUAAGAACUAGUAGAAUUCUGUAAAUUUUGCUGCACAGUCUUGCACAGUUUAUACUGAGUGUGUCAGUGUAUUGACACAUGUAAUGAAAGGGGUUCCUGCCACCUUGGAAAAAUAAGUUGAGACACAACAUCUGUUUGAAGUGUCAUUUUUUUUCUAUAAAACUUGAGUUUUCUGCCAUUGUUAAUAAUAUAAUUGGUAUUGAAAGGUAUUUUGUGUAAGUUCUAUAUUAGAACUCACAGCCUUUUCUCCUGUGUAUCUUAGUUUUUGCCCUGCAGUUUGAAUUGUAAGUAUAGACUGAAUCACGGAUAUGUAGUUGCCUGGAAGCUGCCAAAUCAAUGAAUCACAAAGCCUUUUGUUUAUAUUUAUUGAUAGCAUUCUAAAUCCAUAUAGGUGAAUCUCUGGCAAGGUUUCAUGAGUUUAUAUUCAUAAUGAAGUGUUACAUUUUGACAUUUCAUAUCCCCAACAUUCUUCAUUGACUCUGUUUUUGUAGAUUGGGGUUUUUGCAAAUAAGACAAACAUAGGUUAGAGAUCGGAAGUGUAUGAACUUUUAAUCUAUAAACCUCCAAAUGGUUUCUUCACACAUCUUAAUGUUGAGUUUAUAGGCCACUUGAAACAUUACUUUCCUUGAAAAACCAGCUUUAUAGAAUGGCUAUAAUUUUUUCAAUGGACUAUAAAGAAAACUUAAAAUAUG